AGGUUUGUGAGAGGUCACUUUCUGGCUCUGGAGCUGGGCCUAACGCUGCUUCAGCUUCUCAGUUUGUGAGAGCAGAAAUGCUUUCUAGUGGGUAUUUAAUAAGACCUUGUGAUGGUGGAGGUUCAAUUAUUCACAUUGUCGAUCACCUUAAUCUCGAGGCUUGGAGUGUUCCGGAUGUGCUUCGACCCCUUUAUGAGUCAUCUAAAGUUGUCGCUCAAAAAAUGACUAUUUCCGCAUUGCGAUAUAUCAGGCAAUUAGCGCAAGAGUCUAAUGGUGAAGUAGUGUAUGGAUUAGGAAGGCAGCCUGCGGUUCUUAGAACCUUUAGCCAAAGAUUAAGCAGGGGUUUUAAUGAUGCAGUGAAUGGGUUUGGUGACGACGGGUGGUCUACAUUGCCUUGUGAUGGGGCGGAAGAUAUCAUCGUUGCUAUUAACUCCACGAAGCAUUUGAAUAAUAUUUCUAAUUCUCUUUCGUUCCUUGGAGGCGUGCUCUGUGCCAAGGCUUCGAUGCUUCUACAAAAUGUUCCUCCUGCAGUUUUGAUUCGGUUUCUUAGAGAGCAUCGAUCCGAGUGGGCUGAUUUCAAUGUUGAUGCAUAUUCCGCUGCUACACUUAAAGCGGGUACCUUUGCUUAUCCGGGAAUGAGACCGACGAGGUUCACUGGGAGUCAAAUCAUAAUGCCACUAGGGCAUACAAUUGAACAUGAAGAAAUGCUUGAAGUUGUUAGACUAGAAGGUCAUUCUCUUGCACAAGAAGAUGCAUUUAUGUCCCGGGAUGUCCAUCUCCUUCAGAUUUGUACUGGGAUUGACGAGAAUGCUGUUGGAGCUUGUUCUGAACUGAUAUUUGCUCCGAUUAAUGAGAUGUUCCCGGAUGAUGCUCCACUUGUUCCUUCUGGCUUCCGAGUCAUACCAGUUGAUGCUAAAACUGGAGAUGCGCAAGAUCUGUUAACCGCCAACCACCGUACACUAGACUUAACUUCUAGCCUCGAAGUUGGUCCUUCACCAGAGAAUGCUUCUGGAAACCCUUCUUCUUCUAGCUCAAGCUCGAGAUGCAUCCUCACUAUCGCUUUCCAGUUCCCUUUCGAAAAUAACUUGCAAGAUAAUGUUGCCGGUAUGGCUUGUCAGUACGUGCGGAGCGUUAUUUCAUCAGUUCAACGUGUUGCAAUGGCGAUUUCACCAUCUGGGAUAAGCCCGAGUUUGGGCUCCAAAUUGUCCCCGGGAUCUCCUGAAGCUGUUACUCUUGCCCAGUGGAUCUCUCAAAGUUACACUCACCACUUAGGCUCGGAGUUGCUAACGAUUGACUCGCUCGGAAGCAACGACUCGGUACUAAAACUUCUAUGGGAUCACCAAGAUGCCAUCUUGUGUUGUUCUUUAAAGCCACAGCCAGUGUUCAUGUUCGCGAACCAAGCCGGUCUAGACAUGCUAGAGACAACACUUGUAGCCUUACAAGACAUUACACUCGAAAAGAUUUUUGAUGAGUCUGGUCGGAAGGCUCUCUGCUCCGACUUCGCCAAGCUAAUGCAACAGGGAUUUGCAUGCUUGCCUUCAGGAAUCUGUGUGUCAACAAUGGGAAGACAUGUGAGUUAUGAACAAGCUGUUGCUUGGAAAGUGUUUGCUCCGUCUGAAGACAACAACAAUUUGCAUUGUCUUGCCUUCUCCUUUGUAAACUGGUCUUUUGUGUGAUUCUCAUUUGCUAGAAGGAAAGACUAAUUAAAAUCUACAUUAGAGACCUCAAAUUUUUGGUUGUUGUUUAGGUAUCUGUUUUGGUUUUUAAUUAUUAUGAUCAAUUCAAAUGUUACUCACUGUUUUUUCAUAAUGUAUUUGGUUUUAAUGA